CUGAAGAAGCUAUCGUAUCCAUUAGAUAUGGAUCAAAAUAAGUACAUAGAAGUAAGAAUCUUCGAACCUGUUGCAGAAAUUCCUACUUCCGACACCGCCCACGAAUAUUCCAUAAAAACGUUGAGCACGAUUCACGAGUGCGAUAGCGCGAAGGUUGCACACGUGCAAAGAAAUUUGAAAUCUAACGUCAGAAAUUCCCCGUUCUCUAAACAGAGGGCGGACUCGAUCCGCGCCGACGGCCCCCUCGACAUCGAUCUUCUAUUGCGUUAUUACGCGUGCAACUCGGACAUGGAGAAGUCGAUAAACAAAGUUUUCGGGGAGAUAGACCAGCACGUGAGCAAGGACGUCGAUCAGGGCGGGCCUCUGGUCGAGUUGGCCGCCGUUUACAAAAUUUGCGACUCGUUGAAAAACUCGUCCAAAAGUUCCUUGGUGUCCACGUUUAGAUACCUCGAUGUUCUGGCCAAGUUGCAGUCUUUGGUGCGUCGAUGCAGCAACGAGAGAUUGGACCAUCUUCUAUCGACGGAUCCAACGUUGAAAAUGUGCAGGCAUUGCGGCGUUGUCAGUUGCACGAAUCCUAAGAACACGUUCAUCGAGCAACGGAUAUCCCCCCUUCCCACCUCCUACUUCUUGAGCACGCAAAUGUUCUCCGACAUACCGAGCAGCGGGGACGACGACUUCAGGAAACAUCAUCAAAUGGGCAGAGGUCCGAACAAGGAGCAAGCUCGGUUCGGGAAAUAUUAUAACGUGCAGAGGAAGGAUAACCGUUUCUCGCGAAAGGAGAGGAUGAUCGAGAACGGCGGCGGGAAGGCUUACGGCUCGAGGGAGGUGAGUUUGAGGGUUAAACGGGAGAACAAUUACCAUUUGGCCGCGCCUCAACGCGUCGAGACCAUGGUGGCCGAGCGGGAGAACGAGGACACGACGCAGGAGGGGAGCAACGACGGGGAGGGUCCUCCGUCGCAGAGCGNGAGGGCGAAGAAUUCGUUCAAAGUGAUCUCGAAGCCGAUGUGCAACGGCUCCAACGUGGAGAGCAAGAAGUCGAGGGGUGGCAAGUUCUACGCCGACGUUCAACCGGCGAGCAAGAAGUCGGAUUGGAGGGCGAAGGACGACAUGAACGGANAGUGCAACGAGAAGAUUCUAAGGGACAUCGUGUACGAAACCCCGAAAACCGAGUUGGGGGAGGAGGAAGUGGUUGAGAAUCGGUCGUCGUUGAUGAGCGAGAAGCGGAACGAGUCGGCGACCACGAAAAUCGUUCACGGAGCGAAUUCGUCCGGCAACGUGAUGGCGUAUUUGGCACGGGGCCGUCUCGAAUCGAUGGACGGCAGAGAGAAUGAAUCCGUUUCGAAAUCGGGUGAAAGAGCGUGCGUUCACCACGCUAGAUACACGACCAACGAGAGGAGUUUCGUAUUGCACAAUAACCGCGAUCGGAAUUCGGAAUUUUUGAUCCGCGAGAGGUUGGUACCCAGGGACAAGAUGGCGAGAAGUUACGAGAAGAAGAUGAUUAGGCUGGAGCCCGCGCAGAAUUUGAAACAGUUCAGGAGCGCCACGUGCCUGAUGGAGGAUGACUCGUUGGAAAAUUGCGAGCACCGGGACGAGAUCCAGGUCGGGCAGGGGAACGAGAGCAACACCUCGAUGGUGAGCUCCUCCUCGGCCGAGAACAUGAUCCGGGAGUGGGUGAAAGCGCCCCUCCAGAGGAUCCAAGACGGAAGAUAUAACAACAAAAGCUCGGACACCUCGAAACCGUCCGUGAUCGACUCGAAGGAGGGGAGACGGUUCUGGACCAAGGAGAAGUCGGUUCACUGCGGGGAUGGUUGGGCCGAGGAGAGGCGGAACCAAUUGGAGAAUAAAAACGCGGACGAGAUAGAGAAGAGAUCGUCUUCGAAGAACAAGUACUCGAACAGGCAGAUUAUAUCGAGCAUAGUGGGCGGCUUCAAAUUGUGGAGCAGCAAAGAAUCGAUAAGCAACAAGACGAGCGAGAAAGGGGAGAGGCCGGAGGGUAGGAAGAGCGAGAAACGUUUCGGCAAACAUUUGUUCGAAUCGUUCAAAACUUUCAAAUCGUUGAGAUCGGUCAGAUCGAAGAACAGCAGCGAGAACAAAUCCUCGUCCGCCACCUGCUCGUUGUCGGAUCGCGUAGGUAACGUGACGCGAAAAAUCAUAUACAACGAGUCCUCGUUGAAAAACGUGAUAGACAAGAAUGGAAAUUACGGGAACAAAAUGGAGGACGUGUUGCUGUUGUACAGAAAGGUAUUGGAGAGCACGGAGGAGAUGGAUUGGCGGAGUUUCCAGAGAUUCGUGGAGAACUUGCACCCGAGCAAGAGGAAUCUUUGGAGGGAUAUUUGCAAGAUCAUUGACGAGAAAUUGGAGGUGACGAGGGGGGAUGACAAGAGCGCGGAGAUAUGCAUAGAGAUCACGUCCACCCCUUUCGAGGAGGGGAAGAGGAAGGAGAGGAAGGAGGGGAGUUCGAACGAGAUCGUGUUCGAGAUGGACAUAACACUCGGGGACAUGGAGAGGUGUCUUGGUAGGCAACUGUCCUCCACCGAGGAAGAACAGCUUGACACCCUUAAGGAGCCCAGUCAAGUUAUUCAAGUUCGAAACGGCGAGGUUUGUGAUAUUGAAGAGGACUCUAAUCAAGCUGAAUAAGCGGUCUUCGCGUCUGCUUUUCAAUUUUUCGCCCGUAUUAUAUAAUUCUGAUUAUCGUCCUCUCCUCUUCAUCCUUCCUUUCGUACUCCCUUAUACUUCCUGUCUAUAUUCCAUCAUCCCUAUAUUCUUUCAUUUUUCCAGCAUCGUUGGUAGAUAAACAUCGCAAAAUUAUUUGUAAAUAAUUGUUAUUGCAAAAUUGAGAAAUUUCGCUUUUUCUUAUUAUAUAUGUAUAUAAUGUAUAAAAAUGAGAUUGUACUUUUGGAGAAUUUGAAAUAUAAAAAAAGUUAUG